AAAAUUUUUUAUAAAAAAUUAAUUACUUAAAAUAUCUCCAUAAAAGAACCCCAGAUACGAGCUCUUAGCGGAAAUUGCCGAUCUUUAAUGAGCAAGGCGAUCACGUGGUCCGUGACGUCAGAGACGAGACGCUUGAUCUGAAAAGCCUUACACUUAGCAUUAGUCGGUACCGCUCACAAAGAAUCCAAGACUAGCAGAGCUUACCAAAAAAAAUGAAUGUUCGUUCGCAAAACAUUUUGCCAUAUCAGUUUGAGCCGUUGGUAAAUGAAGAAAGACACAUAUUUAUUAACAACAGUGAUACGGAAGAAGAAACGGAUAGCGAGUCGGAGGGUGGAGACACCGAUGGUGCCAGGCCCAUACCAGACGGCAGAUUUGGCGAUCUUGGCUGGUGUGACUGUGGUAAUUGUGCCUUGAUGGCCACUGUAGAAGAAUGCCUAUGUUGUAUGGAGGUGCCAGCAGCUAGAUACAAGGCCGACAUGGCAGAUGAUGAGUGUGUGUCACAGCACGAGGGAUUUAUUGUAAACUGCCUCAACAUGCAUGUCUUGGAGUUGGCCAUGUUGGACUAUGUUCGUAUGGACGGACCACUCGAUGACAAUGAUCCCAUUCACGAAUAUGUUGCUUAUAGACGAUUUGCGAGAUGGAUUGGUCAAAGAAAUCGCCGUGUGCUUCCUGCAUGUGUUGUUGUGAAGAUUAGAGACAGUUUCCCAUCAGAAAUCUACACCGGCUUUCAAUAUGCUAGACCAUAAAUAAAUUAAUAAAAAUGUUCAUAACACUA